ACAGAGCGGGGCGGAGGCAGCGCCCGCGCCGCCAGGGACCCGCGGCGGAGCGCGGCGGCGGCGGCGGCCCCGGCGGCCCCGUCCCUAUGGGCGGGCGGGCCGGUAGCGGCGCAGAGAGGCUGCCCCCGCUGCUGCCCCCGCUGCUGCCCCCGCUGCUGCCCGGGCUCCCGGCGGCGCACCAAGGCCCGGCACCGGCAGCGGCAGCGGAGCGGCCGGCGGCGGCGGCGAUGCGGUCGCCCAGCUGAAGGCGCGGCGCCGUCGCUGCUCGCUGUCGCCCCGCCGGGCCAUGGCCGUGCGCGGCGGCAACGCCCUGACGCCUUUCUCCAUCCAGGCCAUCCUCAACAAGAAGGAGGAGCGCGCCCGACACGCGGCGGGGCGGCCGCCGGGGCCGCCCGGGGGAUGGAGGCUCUGCGGGGCCGCCGAGGGGCCGCCGCUCCCCGCCGGGGCCGGGGCCGGUGCUGCCCGGCCGGCCGCUGCCGCCCCGAGGACGCCGGCGAGCUGGGACUCGGACUCGGCGCUGAGCGAGGAGCCCGAGGGCGAGCGGCGCUCCGAGGAGGAGGGCGCCGGGGGCAGCGGCCGCCCCGCCGAGGCGGCGGGCCGGGGGGAGGCCGGCGGCGGCGGAGGCUCAGCCCCCGGAGGCGGCGGGCGGGACAACGCCGGGCUCAGUGACAGCGAGAUGUCGGCGGCCGUCUCAGAUCGCAGCCCGCCGGAGGAGGAGGACGGAGCGGGCAAGUGCGGGAAGCUGCUGCCGGCGGAGGACGAGGCGGCGGCGGCGCCGAAGCCUCGCAAGAAGCGCUCCCGGGCCGCCUUCUCCCACGCGCAGGUCUUCGAGCUGGAGCGGCGCUUCAACCACCAGCGCUACCUGUCGGGGCCCGAGCGGGCCGACCUGGCCGCCUCGCUGAAGCUGACCGAGACGCAGGUGAAGAUCUGGUUCCAGAACCGGCGCUACAAGACCAAGAGGCGGCAGAUGGCCGCAGACCUGCUGGCCGCCGCGCCCGCCGCCAAGAAGGUGGCCGUCAAGGUGCUGGUGCGCGACGACCAGAGACAGUACCACCCCGGCGAGGUGCUGCGGCCGCCCUCGCUGCUCUCCCUCCAGCCCUCCUAUUACUACCCCUACUACUGCCUGCCCGGCUGGGCACUGUCCACCUGCGCCGCAGCCGCCGGCACCCAGUGAGGGGCACCCAGCGUGCGCCCCCCGCAGCACCCCGGGGAGCCCGUCUCCCACUCCCCCUGCUUCCCAUCCACAGCCCCCCGCCGCAGCUCUCGGUGCCUUGGACAGUAUUUAUUAUUAUUUUAUUGUUAUUUUUAUUAUUAAUAUUAUUUGGACGGUCCCUCACCCGCUCCUCUCCCAGCGUAGGACUUCUCAGCCACCCCCUCGCCCCGUCCCCACCCCGGCAGCCGAGGACUCUUGCAAUUCGGCACGACUAGUUCAUGGUAUCCAUGUUGUCAGUGUAUUUGGUGUAGACUUUUUUGUUUUUUUGUUUGUUUGAUUUCUCUUCGGAUCGGUAGAGACUCGAUCUUGUGUGGGAGAGAGAAAGAGAGAGAGAGAAAAAAGGAAAGGAAAAAAAAAAAAACACACCAUCAACAACAAAACGCCACGAAACCAAAUGCAGCUCCAAAGAGGAGAUCAAGGACUCCCUCGGUGGAUUGUAAGGAAGCUUAUUUUUGACGUCUGUUUGAGUCCUUGGUCUUCCGACUCGUUGCAAACUGAGUGUGCCUUGUAUGGUGCUGAAUGUAAGGAAGCCUCUUUCAGAUCCCCCCUGCUCUUGUUGCCCAUGUUAUUCCUGUACUCCAUGAUCCCUGGCAAAGGAUAAAUAUGUCACAAAAGGGUGAGACUUAUAUCGCAACUCCAGACUUCUCUUUUUUUUUUUCUUUUUUUGUUUUGUUUUGUUUUCCUGAGAUCUUUCCGUGUUCGGGGAGGGAGGAGUUACGGAUUUUUCGCACUUUCCAGUUGUAUUAAAGUUGUUGUUAUUAUUAUUUUUAUAUUCAAUGUGAAUAUUUCUAGUCAGGCUUUAAAAAAAAAAAAAUCGAUGUAACGGGAAAUUUUAAUACCAUCAGUGCCUUUCACAGUUCUUCUGCAGCCCUCUCCUUCAGGGGCGGGGAUUUCUGAUCUGCUCAGCAAUGUAAUUACACUUUCUUUCAUUCAAGGUAACUCGUCGCUUUUUUUUUUCUUUAUUUUUUUUUCCUCCCUUUCUCUUUUAAUGGCACUGUGCACUCAACUAGAGUAUUUACUUCAAAUGAAUUGUGAAUGUUUGUAAGCUACCCGCUGUACUUUUUUUUUUUUUUUUUUUAAUUUAUAAACUUUAGUUUAACACC